UGUAUCGUGGAGCAAUGAAGGUUUAUCGGAGCAUCCUGCUACUCUUCUGCUCCAAGUUUCUUCACACUCUGGCUUUACACUGUACUGUGAUGAAUGGUAACCUGAAGCAGAUAGACGCUGGGUCGGGCUCAGUGGUUGGAGUGAACAAUCAUAAUGAAGCGUUUGUCCUGAUUGAUAAUGUGUUCACAAAGAUCAGUACGUCUCUAAAGCACUUCAGUGUUGGUCCUGCUGGUCAGCUGGGGGUGGAUUCAGCUUACAACAUCUUCAAGCUUAAGAGUGGCUCCUUCGUUCAGUUUCCAGGGCUUCUCAAACAGGUGGAUGCUGGAGGUGAUCAGAUCCUUGCAGGUGUCAAUAAGAAUGAUCAAAUAUAUUGCGCAAAUAUGGAUGCUAACAACAACUGGCCAUCCUGCACUUCUCCUUGGGUUAAACUUAAUGGAGGGCUGAAAUAUUACAGCUGUGGUCCGUACAGCUGUUGGGGAGUGAGCGCAGAUGACAAAAUCUGGAUCAUGAGGGAUGUGUCUAAUAAUGUCUGUUCUGGGUCCGGCACCUUUGUGAAUAUUGCUGGAUCUCUGUCCAUGAUUGAAGUAGCAACUGAUGGAAGUGUCUUUGGUAUCAACUCUAAUGGAAAGUUAUACCAAAGAAUUGGCAUCACUCGAUCCAACCGUUCUGGCACAAAGUGGCAUUUGAUGACUGCCUGUCCCAAUAACCACAUGCAUGUGAGCUUUGACCUGGGAGUGCUGUGGGUCGUGUGUGUUGACGGCUCCGUCCGUAAAUGCACUAUAUAGUCUGUCACAGAAUAUUAACAGAAAAUCUUGAUUAUACUUUCUUUUCUUCUCUUUUUUAUUGCUGCUGAACCAAUAAAGCAUAAUGAAAGCAUCUA